CUUCACUCCAUGCAACAACUUCUCUUCUUUUCUUUCAUUAAUGUUGGUUUCUCGUCGCUAGAGAGAAUCGGGGAAAGUUGUUACAUUUCCAUUGCAGGACCAUGAACUGUCACUCCUAACCUCCCUCAUCCGUCUUGACUGGUACACGCGCACAUAUACACCUCCCUUGCGAACUUUUGAACCAUGUCGGCCUUCUCCCAGAACGGAACCGCAAAUGGCGUCAAUGGAGAUCACCAUGCCGCGGGUGCUUUCUCUCGAUUCUCAGACAUUCCACCCCAGAUCGACGUUCCCGUCCUAGAAGGCGAUGCGGAUGAAGCUGUCGAAGUCGAUCUCGUUGAGUUGUUCGACGACCCAACGGAGCUAUGCAACUUGCUCGAAAUCGAAAAGGUCGCGAAAGGAUAUUGGAUGACGACUUCGCUGGCCUACGCGAAACAAGGCAAGGUGGACCAUGCGAUUUCGAUCCUUACGCAAGGUUUGAGCGUGCUGGCGCAUAUCCCACAGGAGGAGAAGCUGAGCCUGUUGAACUGCCUGUGUUGGAUGUAUCUAUUCAAGUGCAGAGAGGCUCCUCGUGUUCAACCAGAGAGCCCAGACGUCAAGACGAAAGACUUCUACAUCCAAGCAGCGACCUCUGUUCUCAACGAUGCCUCAAGGAUCAGCCCUUCCUACACUCCACUAUUCCUUGCGCGUGGAGUGCUUUCACUUUUGCGCGCAUCUCUAUAUCCUCCGGCACGAGGGAACGCCACAAUAGACAAUACCGAGCGCGGUGAGACCCUCCGGCAAGCCUUGAAAUGCUUCGACGACGCGGUCAGAGCGUCCGGCGGGAGGAAUUCCAUGGCAAUCGUAGGCAGGGCAAGAGUGUCGUAUUCUCUAGGAAAAUUCGCAGAAGCCUUUCAAGGAUAUCAACGAGUCCUGGAGCUGAAACCGGACUUGCUUGACCCUGACCCUCGAAUUGGCAUCGGUUGCUGUCUCUGGCAGCUUGGCCAUAAGGACGAAGCGAAAGAUGCUUGGGAUCGAGCACUGGAACUGAAUCCGAAUUCGAAGUACGCGAACAUCCUCCUUGGCAUCUACCACCUCCACUCGAGCACGCAGUUUCCGACGAAUGACCCGCAAUUCGUGACGAUCUACAAGAAGGCAAUGACGCAGUAUACGCAGAAGGCGUUCAAGCUAGACGAAAAGCUCCCGUUGAUGUGUUCCACGUUCGGAGGCUAUUUCUUGAUGCGAAAAGCCAUGACACAAGUCGAGCGAUUGGCAAGGCGCGCAAUCGAGCUGACGGAUGUCAAUGCGAUCGCGAGCGAUGGGUGGUAUCUGCUUGCAAGGAAAGAGCAUUACUCCGACAAUGUCGAGAAGGCCAGUGAGUACUAUGCAAAGGCCGAUUCCGCAAGAGGCGGGGAAGAUAGGGGCCUUCUGGCUGCGAAGUUCGGAAUCGCGCAGAUGAAAGUCAUGCUCAAUGAUUUCGACGAUGCAAAAUUCCGCCUGGAGAAACUCAUUGCAAGCACAAACUCCCUGGAAGCUCUGACUUUGUAUGGAGCCUUAUUGGCAGAAGACGUCUUCUCGACUCGGUCGUCGUUGUCGGAAGAUGAAAUUUCCAGCACCCGCAAGAAGGCCAUCCAUCUUCUUGAGAAAGUUAGAAUCGCAUGGAAGGAUCCGAAACGAAAGAUGUCACCAGAUAUUUCGGUGCUUCUGAACCUUUCAAGGCUCUAUGAGACAGACCAUCCCGAGAAGAGCUUGCAAUGUCUCCAGCAGGUCGAGCAGAUGCAACUGGAUGCGAUCCCAGAAGAGGAGCGACCGCAAGAUAUCGAGGACGAAACUGAACGCAAGUCCGUAUUGCGGGAGCUUCUUCCACCUCAGCUUCUGAACAACAUUGGCUGCUUCCAUUAUCAAUCAGAUAAGAAUUCUCUGGCUCGAGACUUCUUUCAGGCGGCACUCAACGCUUGCGUGAAGACGAGCGACAAGGAUGCUGCUGUCGAUACGGAUGCACUCGUCACGACAAUUAGCUUCAACCUUGCCCGCACAUACGAGGCAGAAGGAAUGCCUGAUGAAGCGAAGAAGGUUUAUGAGGGGUUAUUAGAACGGCAUGAGGACUACAUCGAUGCCAAAGUCCGCCUUACAUACCUCUCUCUGCUGCAAAGCCCCGCAGACGAAGGCCCUUCCAAGAUCUCGGAACUCUAUCAUUCAGCUCCAAACAAUCUCGAAGUCCGAUCUCUCUAUGGAUGGUACCUCAGUCGGUCUAAGAAACGAACCAUGAAUGUUGCUGAGGACCAGGAACAACGGCACUACAAACACACCUUGCAGCAAUUCGACAAACAUGACCGAUAUGCGUUAACCGGAAUGGGCAACAUUUACCUCACCAUUGCGCGAGAAAUGCGCCGGGAGACGGAUGUUGAGAAGGAGAAGCGACACAAGAUGUACGAGCGGGCCAUCGAGUUCUUCGACAAGGCACUCCAGUUGGAUCCACGCAAUUCAUACGCCGCACAAGGCAUCGCGAUCGCCAUGGUGGAAGACAAGAAGGACUUUGCCACGGCAGUGCAGAUCUUCACGAAAGUGCGAGAGACGAUGAAGGAUGCCAGCGUCUUCAUCAAUCUGGGCCACGCAUUUUGUGAGCUGAAGCAGUAUUCCCGCGCGAUUGAAAAUUAUGAUGCCGCUCUUUCUAAAGAUCGUGCAAAAGAUCCGACAAUUCUAUCCUGCCUGGGCCGGGUUUGGCUCAUGAAAGGCAAGCAUGACAAGAGUAUCCAAGCUAUGACUACUGCAUUGGACUAUUCGAAGCGGGUCUUGGAAAUCCAACCCGAACAACUCCACUUCCGCUUCAACGUCGCAUUCGUGCAGAUUCAAAUUGCCUAUCUCAUCCAUAGCCUGAAGGAGCAUGAGCGAUCGUUAGAAGACGUCCAAAUGGCGUCUGCCGGCCUAGAAGAAGCGAUUGAAGCGUUCGCAAGCAUCGCAAAGGCUCCCAACCCCCCUUACCCGCGCGAAGAAAUUGAGCAACGUAUUACCAUGGGUCGUGGCACGAUGCGAAAGCAAAUGGACCGCGCCCUUCAAAGCCAGGAGGAGUACGAGGAGAAGAACAAAGCCAAGCUCCAAGCCGCCCGAGAAAUCCGCGAGGCCGAAAUCCAGAAACGCGAGGAAGCGAAACGCAAAAUCGACGAGGCGGCCGAGGAGCAACGGCGUCGGAUUGCCGAGGAGCGGCAGCGGAUGAUCGAACAAGAUCGCGAGCUGGCGCUGAAGCGCGCCGAGGAGGAUCGGAAACGUGAGGAGGAGGAGAUGACCUUUGAUGAAGACACGGGGGGGAAGAAGAAACGAACCAAGAAGAAGGCCGUUGGUGGUAAGCGGAAGAAGAAGGGCGAAGACUCCGAAACUGAUGGCGAGGAUUCAGACGGCGGUCGGAGACGACGAUCGAAGAAGAGCGUCUCUGGGACGCCCGGUCUAUCAGACGACGAGCAGCCGCGGAGAGCGAAGAAGCGACGACUGGAGCGGAGAAGCGCGAACCAGAAGCAGUACAAGUCUGCUGAACUGGUCGUUGAUAGCGAUGAUGAAGACUUGGAGGACGAGAAGGACGAGCAGGACGGAGCGGAGAAGGCAAGCCAGCCUAUCGACGACGAGGAGGAUGUGGCGAUGGGAGGGGAGUCUGGGGAUGAAGCAGUUGGUGAAAGUUCGAGAAACCCGCGGAAGAAAGCCACCCGGGUGAUCGACGAUGAGGACGAGGAAGGCGAGGAGGAAGAACCUGCAGCUAGGAACGGCGUCACUGGGGCUACUUCGGAUGUUCCGAUGGACGACGGUAGUCCGGCGGGGGGAAUUGAAGACGACGAGGAAUAAGUUGCUGGUUGGGUUUGGGUUGCUUGGCAGGCGGGUAUACACAGGGACAUGGAGUUCUCGAAUCGUUCCAGCCCUGAUCAGAGUUUCGUGGCCACGACUUGACAAAUGGAGGCAUGGAACACGUAAGGUCUUUUCUCAGCAGAUAGACUAUCAUAUGCUGACAAGUUUAUUUCAAUGCUUCAGCCUACUGUAGUCUUCAAACUAGCUAAUGUACUAAAUCCGUACCCCGAACGCCACUCUCUCCAGUCAAAGGAUCAUGCAAUUCCAACCCCACGCAACGCUGUCCGUAUGUCGAGCAUCAAAUUCCAUCCGCCGAGCUUGAAAGACAAGAGUCUCUUCAUGUUCAUUCAACUAAAUGUAAAGUCAAUGGGAG